CCUCCCCCCCUUCUGGGGAUCCGGCGAGCGGGGGAGGGGCUGGUUUAGGAGAAAGGAGCCCCUCCCCCCGAGGGGGCGCCUCCUUGGAGACCCCCAGCCCUUUGUAUUGCGGGGAAGGAAAUGGAAAUAGCAGAGCGAGCGAGGGAAGCGGAGGGACAGAGAGGACAAAGAGGUUUCCUUUCCCCCCGCUCCUCCCUGUUGAAAGAAGACAAUGGAGAAGGCAGUCAAAAUUAUGGAGGGCCAUGUCCAAUGGGAAUAACGAAGAAACCAUAUAAAUUCAUGGAAUGUGAAAAGAGAGGAGAGAAACAAUUUGAAAGUAUGGAGUGUGGGAAGAGUUUCACUGACAGUGGAACACUUGGAAAACAUCAACGGACUCACACAGGAGAGAAACCAUUUAAAUGCAUGGAGUGUGGAAAAAGCUUUGGUUGGAGUUCAAACCUUCGUAUACAUAAACACACUCACACGGGGGAGAAACCAUAUGAAUGUAAGGAGUGUGGAAAGAGCUUCAGUCAGAUUGGACACCUUAGAAACCAUCAACGAACCCACACAGGGGAAAAACCUUAUAAAUGUAUGGAGUGUGGAAAGAGCUUCAGUCAGAGUGGAUACCUUAGAAUCCAUCAACGGAUUCACACAGGGGAGAAACCAUUUGAAUGUUUGGAGUGUGGAAAGAGUUUCAGUACAAAGAGAGGACUGAAUAUUCAUCAUCAAACUCACACUGGGGAAAAACCAUUUGAAUGUAUGGAGUGUGGUAGGAGCUUCACUAAUAACCGAAGCCUUAGAAUCCAUCAUCGAACUCACACAGGGGAAAAACCAUAUAAAUGUAUGGAUUGUGGAAAGAGCUUCACUUACAGUGAAGCACUGAGAAAACAUCAACGGACUCACACAGGGGAGAAACCAUUUAAAUGCAUGGAAUGUGGAAGGAGUUUUAUUGAUGGUACAGCACUUAGUAUCCAUCAUCAAACUCACACAGGGGAAAAACCAUUUGAAUGUAAGGAGUGUGGAAAAAGCUUCACUUGUAGUGGAACACUUAGAAUCCAUCAACGGACUCACACGGGGGAAAAACCAUUUGAAUGUAUGGAGUGUGGAAAAAGCUUCACUUCUAAUGGAGCAGUAAGAAGACAUCAAAGGAUUCACACAGGGGAGAAACCAUUUAAUUGCAUGGAGUGUGGUAAGAACUUCACUGAUCGUCAAACACUUAGAAUCCACCAUCGAAUUCACACAGGGGAAAAACCAUAUAAAUGUGUGGAGUGUGGAAAGAGCUUCAGUCGGAGUGGUGCAGUAAGAAGACAUCAGUGGACUCACUCAGGGGAAAAACCAUUAAAAUGCAUGGAAUGUGGAAAGAGUUUUAUUGAGAGUAGAGAGCUGAGAACCCAUCAUCGAACUCACACUGGGGAGAAACCAUUUAAAUGCACUGAGUGUGGAAAGAGCUUCAAUCGCAGUGGAACACUUAGAAAACAUAAAUGGACUCACACAGGGGAGAAACCAUUUAAAUGUAAGGAGCGUGGAAAGGGCUUCACCAAUUGUGGGACGAGUUUCACUGACAGUGGAACACUUGGAAAACAUCAAUGGACUCACACAGGGGAGAAACCAUUUAAAUGCAUGGAGUGUGGAAAGAGCUUCAGUCAGAGUGGACACCUUAGAAUUCAUCAACGGAGUCACACAGGGGAGAAAUCAUUUAAAUGCAUGGAAUGUGGAAAGAGCUUCAGUCAGAGUGGAAAUCUUAGAAUUCAUCAACGGACUCACACGGGGGAGAAACCAUUUGAAUGCAUGGAAUGUGGAAAGAGUUUCACUCAGAGUGGAUACCUUAGAAUUCAUCAACGGAGUCACACGGGGGAGAAACCAUUUAAAUGCAUGGAGUGUGGAAAGAGCUUCACUACUAGCGGAAACCUUAGAAUUCAUCAACGGAGUCACACGGGGGAGAAACCAUUUGAAUGCAUGGAGUGUGGAAAGAGCUUCAGUCAGAGUGGAGACCUUAGAAUUCAUCAACGGAGUCACACAGGGGAGAAACCAUUUGAAUGCAUGGAGUGUGGAAAGAGCUUCAGUCACAGUGGACACCUUAGAAUUCAUCAACGGAGUCACACUGGGGAGAAACCAUUUAAAUGCAUGGAGUGUGGGAAGAGCUUCAGUGAGAGUGGACACCUUAGAAUUCAUCAACGGAGUCACACAGGGGAGAAACCAUUUAAAUGCAUGGAGUGUGGAAAGAGCUUCAGUCAGAGUGGAGACCUUAGAAUUCAUCAACGGAGUCACACGGGGGAGAAACCAUUUGAAUGCAUGGAGUGUGGAAAGAGCUUCACUCAGAGUGGAUACCUUAGAAUUCAUCAACGGACUCACACGGGGAGAAACCAUUUGAAUGCAUGGAGUAAACCAUUUGAAUGCAUGGAGUGUGGAAAGAGCUUCACUCAGAGUGGAUACCUUAGAAUUCAUCAACGGAGUCACACAGGGGAGAAACCAUUUAAAUGCAUGGAGUGUGGAAAGAGCUUCAGUCAGAGUGGAGACCUUAGAAUUCAUCAACGGAGUCACACGGGGAGAAACCCAUUUGAAUGCAUGGAGUGUGGAAAGAGCUUCAGUCAGAGUGGGCACCUUAGAAUUCAUCAACGGAGUCACACGGGGGAGAAACCAUUU